AUGGCUACCAAAGAAUACUUUGUGCCCUCUGAAGAGGUGAUGACUUCUAUCGUUCUGCCGACAAUCAUCUUCUGUAUUGGCAUGGUAGUAGCGAUGCUUGUUGGUAUUAACAAAUGCAAACAGUGGGAGCUGGACAAAAUCGUCGAAAUGCGACGUACUCGACGUGUCGUGCAACGGAUAACAGCGCGUUUACGCGAGAAGAAUUUCAAAACUAUACAAACAGCUGCAAAAGCUGCAGAAAAGCUGAAGAAAACCGAAGUUGCUCCUCCCAUCUACUCGGCUCAGCAGCAAGCUGUAUGCGGUACAUCGCCUCCGCCGUCGUACGAAGAUGCGUUGUUGGACGAGUACUACUACGAAUGUUUACCAUCCACUAGCAGGUAA